ACCAACGUUUACUUCUACCACACGACCUAAAAAGCCAAUCAAUAUCAAGUUUUAAAUAACUACCCAAAAAAUCCAACUCAAGAUGUUGUUCAAGUACCUCUUAGCCCCCGUUGCGCUUGCUGCUUCCGUGGUCUGUUACCCUCCCGGAUACGGCGGUCAAUCCCCAAGUGUUAGACCCGACUACAACGGUCUCGACUUCAGCAGCUGCACUGACAAGAUCAGACAAGUCAGAGAGCCUCUUGCCUCCUCUUGCCAGAGGCAAUCCGUCCAGGAUGCCACCUCCAAGUUGGACGGCCUCUACGAGCCUAUCCACGCUUUGUCUAACAGAGUUCACGUCUCCGUCAGAAGUGACACCAAAGUUGCGUACAAAUAUACCAGAUCGCUUGUCUCCCUCUUCAGCAACUUUCAAGGUAUCGUCGACACCAUUGGUCGAUACCCCCGAGUUUUCUCUCGCUCCCAAGAGACCAUCUUCGAGUUCAACUCUCAAUUUGAGAGCAUCCUCACCGACUUUUCGUCUGCCGGUGUCAACAUUCACGAAGUUUUCAGCCAAUCCACCGCCGUCAGAUUCGAAAGCUGGCAACAAGUUGGCUUCACUUUCCCUGAGAAAUUCGGCUUCUACGGUGACAAGUAA